AAAAAAAAAAAAGAAAAAAGCGAAACAAUCCUGAGGAGAAACACUCCGAGAGAGACAGGGGGAAAGAAAGACAUGACCGUACUGUGCGUGAAGAGUAGUGCGGUUACAAUGCGCGAGAUGAUGCGCGGGUAGAGGAGAGGCGCAGAGGGAAUCCACCGUGCGCCUACUCCGGGUUUGGAAGGCGGUGGGGGAACAGAUAGAGAGAUUGGGAGAGAGAGAGAGACGGGGGAGAUUAGCGACAGUGAAGCUUACACACGAAACCUGAAACGACGUGCGAUGGAGGAGCUGUGCGAGAUGGACUGCACGGUGCUGAAACGGCUCCUGAAGGACGACAGCGCCAAGUGCCUGCUGCUGGACUGCCGCUCUUUCCUCGCCUUCAGCGCGGGGCACAUCCGCGGCGCGGUCAACGCCCGCUGCAACACCAUCGUGCGCCGCAGAGCCAAGGGCUCCGUGCUCAGCCUGGACCAGGUACUGGCCGGAGACGAGGAGGUGCGGGGCCGCCUCCGCUCCGGGAUGUACUCCGCCGUGGUGUUGUACGACGAGAGGACGCCGGACUCCGAGACGGUGAAGGAGGACAGCACCGUCACCCUGGUGCUCAACGCGCUGUGCAGGGACUCCUCCGACACACACAUAUACCUGCUGAAAGGUGGAUACGACAGGUUUUUCACAGAAUACCCAGAGUUUUGCUUAAAGACCAAAUCCUUACCGUCCCUCACCAGCCAGUCCAGCAUCGACUCUGCCUGCUCAUCCUGUGGGACACCACACCACGACCAGGGCGGCCCAGUUGAGAUCCUCCCGUUCCUCUACCUUGGCAGUGCCCUCCACGCCUCAAAGAAGGAGGUUUUGGACGCCAUAGGAAUCUCUGCCUUGCUGAACGUGUCGGCCGACUGUCCCAACCACUUCGAGGGUGCGUACCAGUACAAAUGUAUCCCUGUGGAGGACAACCAUAAAGAAGACAUCAGCUGCUGGUUCCUGGAGGCUAUCGAGUUCAUAGACUCAGUACGGGACUCCAGUGGGCGAGUGCUUGUCCACUGUCAAGCAGGCAUCUCCCGCUCCGCCACAAUCUGCCUGGCCUACCUGAUGAAGAGAAAGCGUGUGCGUCUGGACGAAGCCUUCGAGUUUGUGCGCCGGCGCCGCAGCAUCAUCUCCCCCAACUUCAGCUUCAUGGGCCAGCUGUUGCAGUUUGAGUCGCAGCUCCUUGCCACCUCCUGCGCUGCCGAGGCCGCCGCCACGGCAAGUCCGCUCCUCGGACCCAAGUCGUCAUCGACCACCACCUCGACGACGGCCACACCCACCUCUCCGUUCAUUUUCAACUUCCCAGUCUCUGUGGUGAACCCGGCCUACCUGCACCAUAGCCCGAUCACAACCUCACCUGGCUGCUGAUGGAUAGCCAAUCGCAGCACCCCCCAAAAAAAAAAAACAAACUAUCUGAGCACAGAGUACGCUGGCAUUGGCUGGAGGAGCUGUCAUUCUUACUGACAGCUGCGGUGUGUACAUGCUUCCUGGGUGGGGAGGUGAGAAGCGUCAUGGUGCCUGAUUCAAAACUCAAAGAAAAAAAAACUUUUUUUAAAGUUCAGAAACCAGCCAACGCUCCUUCCAUUUUAACACGAGAUUUAUUCAAACUGACCAAAAAUGAACUGGCUUUCAAAACUUGUUUCAGUAAACGAGUUCGGACUGAGUGUUGGACUGGUGUUUACUGAAGAUACACCUUCUUCCUUGACAAAAAACAACAACAACAACACACACGGAGGCACACAGACACAGAGAGGCAUGAGCAGCAGCAAACACUCUCUUUUUCUCUCUCUCUGCCUCACACACACACACACACACAUUCAUGACUACCAACUGAAUAAGCUCAGUAUGAAGACAGGAUCUGUUGCUAUGGAGACGACAGGUCUUUAGGAGAGGAGAUGGACACAGGAAGGAAGGAGGAAUUUUAAGCACCCGCUCUUUCCCCUUUGGGUGUCUCUCCUGUUGCCAGACAAAAGAGAUGGAUGGAAAAAAGAGGGGAGGAGACGCUGAUAGAAAGCAGGAGCCUCUUCAGUGACAGGUGCUCUGCCGGCAAUCCGACCGGAGCUUCCUGUCUUUCAUACGUCCUCUUCCUCUCUCUCUCUUUCUCUCUCUCCCCCUCUCCCUCCCCACAUACACACACCUUCCUCCCCUCUCAUCCCCUUUUUAUCCUUUUAUAUUCCUCCAUCCUUUCCUCCUACUCCUCUUCUCAUCUCUGCCUCUCAUCUUCACCCCAUCCACCCCCUUCUCCUCCGCUCCUCAUCUCUUUGCUGAAGAGGCUAAAUAAAUAAAAUAAGAUGCCAAAUAAAGGCCAGGGCCCUUGCAAAUGGACUGGGAAACCCCUCCGCAGGCCCCUGAUAAACACUCUAGGAAACUCCCUUUGCUACAUCAUAAAAAAGGUUGUUUUGGAUGAAAAGGGCUGAAAGAAAAAAGUCGUAAGAAAAUGUAUUGUGUCCAGGACAUUUUCAUUGUGUUUUACUGGACUUUUCUGUUAGAUCAGAGAGCAAAUUUUAGAGCGCACUGGCCCUGUGAGACAGCCACUUAAAAGACCAUGCUGAUACCUUUGUACAUUUGAACUCAUUUUAAAUCAUGUAUUCUUUACUGUUGACCAUUUUCCAAAGCACACAAUUUUGAGAACACUGGCUUCAGUUCCUUCCUGCAAGUUUAUUUUCAUAGUAUACUCAAAUGAACUGAAUACACUGGCUCUCAUUGGACACUUUGGAAAAUGGUAAAUUCUUUUUUAGAUAAUGGGCUAAAAUGUGCAUGGCCAGCAAAUGGUCCCUUGAGGUGUUUGUGCCUUGUACAUAAAGGUAUUCCAUGGAUUUAGGCGUCCCUGGAUUUGCCAGGGACAACUUUUUUCUUAGCUGCUAGAAAGCAGAUAGCUGAAUGUCUUUUCAGCAGUGCAGCACAGACUCUUAUUCCACAAUGUCAAAUGAGCAAAAGCUUCUCUCUUCAUCAUUACUCUCUCUCUAACACACACACACACACACACACACACACACACACACACACACACAGUGUAUAUGCUGUACAUGUUAAGGUAAAAUUAGAUUUGAAAAAUUGCAUUUGUGAAGAACUCAGGUUACUUUGAACACAUUACAGAAAUAUUCCUGGAACUAUUUUGGGUUCCGAAUCAUUUAAAAUAGAUACCCUGACAUUUUUAAUUGGAGAAAAUUGGAUGGCAAUACUUUCUCUCAUAGAUAUCUUUUGAUGUUUUAACAGGUCCAUCCUAGAUUUUUUAACAACAGAGCCUCCGAAAGUGGGCCCUUUUACACUCAACUUGAGAAACAUUAGGGAUCCUCAGUGUUGUAACUUGUGACACAAGUUAGAAAAGGAUUUUAAGCUAAAAAGUUGUCCCAAACGUUCAACGUGUAUCUUUUACACACACAACAACCGUAACUCUUCUGUGUUUUUGAAGAUUGUCCACAGUUCUCUUCAUAGCACUUUGAUGUCAUGCAAUACUGUACUAACAAUCCAUAUGAAAAAAAAAAAAAACAUUCACAUUAACACAAUUUGAGACAAUGUUUGUAUUGCUUGUGCUUUUGACCAGGCUGAGCUCUACACUCUGUGCUAGACAUCCAAAGGCACAAAGUCUUACCACGGUUGCUUUUGUACCCUAGUCCUGAUGUAUACACAACAACACACGGGCAGAUUCGCAAAUACACACACACACACACACACACACUGGGUUUCAAAGAAAACAAACCUUUUUCUGUUUUUGAAGAUUGUCGGCACCUAUCUCUGUAGCACUUUGAAGUGAUGCAAUACUGUAUUUAUAAUUUAUGAUUGAUUUGCAAAUCAUGUUUGCUAGACUGACUAGACUUUGCAUAAAGACAUUCUGUCCAUGGUGAGAGAGACAGAGAGAGAAAAAGAGGGAGCGAGAAAGAGAAGAGAGCCAAUCAGUGAAAAACGCAAUACUUUGUACACAUCUGUGUGGUCUGUACAUGUCUGUCUGUCAGUGUGUCUGCCUCUCUGUGUUAGUCCAUCUGUCUUGAUUGUCUCUCUGUCUGGUCUGGUUUACCCAUCAUGGCAAUAUCAAUUCUCCACUUGGACAUUUAUAUAAAAAACAAUUUUCCCUCAAUUUUAUUGUGGAAUGAAUGAUCUGUGCAUUUAUUUAUUACUGAAGAUCCACUGUUGAAUAAACAAUGUUCUUAAUUAA